AUGAAUCGCACGACUAAUGGCGUGGGCACUCAUGGCCCGAUUAGCAACACCCUGCCAGCAUCUUGGUACCGCGAAGAGGGAAUGUACGAACUGGAAAAACGUGCGAUCUUUUCCAAGCAGUGGCUCUGUGUCUCCCAUUCUCUUCGACUCAGAGAGAUCGGAGAGUUUGUGAAUUUCGAGAUUGCGGGCUACAAAUUCUUCGUUAUCCGCGACCGACAGAAUGAACUGAAGGCCUUCUUGAACAUUUGUCGGCACAGAGCGUAUCCCGUGAUUGAGAAGCAAAGUGGCCAGGGAGGGAAGAUAAGUAUUCUGGCGUGCAAGUAUCAUGGAUGGUCUUAUGGCCUGUCCGGUAACCUCGCAAAGGCGCCGCGCUUUGAGACAGUGGAGAACUUUGACAAAUCUCAAUACUCGCUGUAUAGUAUCCAUGUGCGCAUUGACAGACUCGGCUUCGUUUGGGUUAAUCUCGAUGCUGCCGACCCACCAACGGUCGCCUGGGAAGAUCAUUUCGAGAGAGUCGACGAGCAGCCACGCCAGACAGACUUCACGAUGGAUGACUUCCAAUUUGACCAUGCAUGGGAAAUGGAGGGCGAGUAUAACUGGAAGGCCAUGGUGGACAAUUACAACGAGUGCUACCAUUGCACAACUGCACAUCCAAGCAUUCUGGCAACGACAAAGCUCGACACUUACGAUGUCAAGGGCAUCAAAGGGUGGAUUGAGCACUACUCGGAGCCGCUGGAUAGUGUUGAGCACAAGUACGGCGUGCAGCCCACUUACUUCUUCCCCAACGCUGCCAUAUUGAUAUCCGAUGGGGUAACAUAUCUCACUCGGUUCGCACCAAAAUCCGCAACUUCACUAAAGCUGGAAUAUGAGGUCUACCGUCACAAAUCAUGCUCUGAUCAAGACUUCGAAACCAUGAAUCCCUUUUUCAAACAAGUCGAAAAGGAAGAUCUCGAGCUCUGCAACGCCGUGCAGCGCAAUCUCAACAUGGACACAUACGUCAAAGGACCACUACACCCGCACAAUGAAAAGGGUGUCAUCUACUUCAAGAAUCUCGUGAGAGAUGUCCUAUACAAGCACAUGGAGGUAGAGCAACAGGCUGGGCGAAAGAUCUUUCCCGCUCGGAGGGACGAUGACAGCCAAGAAAUUGCGGCUGAAGAGGCCCUCUGUCGCCUGGCCUGUGACGGUAUUGGACCAAAAGCAAUUCCUCAGUGGUAG